CGCGUUGUGGCCGCCGGACGAAGCGGUUCAGAUUUUGGGGCGAUUUUGGUUUUUCGCACGCGGGAGAAACAACCAGUCCAGGUGACAACAGUCGGCGAUCAGUUCUUAGUGUGACGUGGUUAUCCAGUUAGCUGAAGAAGGAUCGAGCCAUCAGUAGUUGUUCAAAGUUGUGCUCCAGCCGUAGUUCAGGGGGAAAAAAGCAGAAUGAAGACGAUAGCACAGCCCCCGUUCGACAUCGUGACCGAGCCGGCGAGCGAAGAACUGCUGGAAGUGUCCAGGCGCGAGCUGCGCGAAACGCCCGAGGUGCGUGAGCAGGCGAUCAAGCAGUUGCGCGAACUGCUGCACAAUGCCACCGACCUGAACUAUGCGGACGAUGACGACUUCCUGCUGAUCUUUCUGCGCCCGUGCCACUUCUAUCCGGACAGUGCGCUCAAAAUGAUGCGAAGAAUAGCUGACUUCAAGAAGAACAACUACCCGCUCAUGCACAACCUCACGCCCGAGGACGAGAAGCUCUCCUUUGUCGAUCACAAGAUCGUGAACGUGCUGACGAACCGGGACAAGAAGGGUCGCCGGAUACUGAUCGUGAGCUGCGGUGCCGUCUGGGACCCGAAGGCAGUCACGGCCGAGAAACUGUUCCGGAUGUUCUAUCUGGUGCAUCUGGUAGCGCAGCUUGAACCGGCCACCCAGAUUAACGGAGUCGUCAUCGUGAUGGAUUUUGAGGGACUCGGACUGAAGCAGGUGCGCGGACUAUCGCCGUCGUUUUCGAAGCUGCUGCUCACCUUCCUGCAGGAAGCUGUCCCGUUGCGGAUGAAAGAGUUCCACAUCCUCAAGCAGCCGUACAUCUUCAACAUGGUGUGGACACUGUUCAAACCGUUCAUCGGCGAUAAGCUUAAGAAGCGGCUCUACUUCCACGGCAAUGACAUGAAAAAGCUCCACAUGCACAUCGACCCGGCAGAUCUACCGAAGAACUAUGGCGGCACUCGACCGGCCCUCGACUACGGUUCCCGCGAGUGGUAUCCCUGCAUCGAGAAGUACACCGAACACUUCCACCGAUGGAACCACUACGGUUAUGCGGCAGGUCCUUGAGCGUGGCGUCCAACCACCCUCUCCUUCUUCUCCCCCUCCUCCUGCACCGUCGUCUGCAGGCCAUCGCAUUCCAAAGAGAGGCCAAAAACUACUUACCCACAACCAAUCAAGCGGAAGCAUUAAGCAACGGAUGGUGCGAAGUUCGAUCAUUAUUGGCUGCAGGGCGAUAAGCAAUCGGCGUAGCAAUGACGUCGCGACAAAAAGACCGGACCGAAAUACGCGGACGCGCUCGCCCUGCGAUGUGAUAAGCUUCCGUUUUUGUUUUUUUCGAUUACGGGCGGGUUGAAGGACGCAAAACAAACAGUCGCCAUUUCUUGUUUUCUUUAUAUAUAAGCGCUGUAAGAGUACACAUGGGAUCAAAACGGGACACUAUUAGUGAUUAGGAAGUGUGAACAAAAAAAAAAGCAACCCGCCAUUACCAACCGCAAGAGUGAGCCCCUUCGUGUGGGUUUAGAAAGAGAGAGAGAUAGAUGGAUUAGCUGCUCACGCACUCGUUCUUGUAAUAGCUUUUGGAAUGGUAUUUAUAGUAAUAAAAGUAAAUAAAUUGUCAUCGAUCAUA